AAUAAAAUAAUAAAAAUAUACAAAACAGUAAAAUAAAAGAUAAUCGACUCAAAACGAUAAUAAUCAUAUCACUAGGAGCGUACGAUAAAAUGUAAACAAACCUUGAAUGAACGAUAGAUAAGGGUGAUAUUUCUUGAUUUUUAUGGGUGAUUUUCGUCUUUAGUUGGCAGGUUAAGUUGUGGUGAAGAUGACGUGUUUGUUGAUGACGGUACAAGAAUUGAGAGUGUCGGUCAUGGUUACAAGCCAUCGAGGUCACCGCUGAGACAACCAUUUGUAACUGAAGAAGACUCUCGCGGGCGGGGGAGGCGGGCCAGGAGGUGCCCCGAACACUCCCUGGUUCCCUCGAUAACAUCAACAACUGGAUCCUGCCCACGGCUCUAGCGGAGAUCCUGGCCUAUAAACCUGACUUCCGCACUACCCUCCUGACGCUGUUUGAGGAGAAGUACCUCAACCCAGACUCUGUGAGUAAGGUCGUCCACGCCUACGACAAGACCUUCAGGCUCAACUAUGAGACGGUGGAGCUGCGGCCGGAGUUGGUCAUUUGCAGUGAUCAUGCCAGUGGCGAGGGCUGUGUCCAUCAGCGAGUGCAGCGACCUUCACCUGUGUCAAGACUACGUGGACGGAUCCUGUAACAACGACCUGUGUCUCCUGGGUCACGUGUGUACGACUGACCACAACUCCAGGAUCCUGCAGAACUAUUUUGUGUCUACCCUUCCGUCAGAGAUCCUCCUCAUGCUCAUCCGGGGCACCAGUCCUUGCCCACAGCCUCUCGGUCCUCUUGAUGUUUGUCGCAACUACAAUGACUUCCGAGGGUGUGGGCGGAGGGACUGUGACGCUCUGCACAUCUGCCUCAGCUUCGUUCAGGGUAAUGCCAAGUGUCCAUAUCCUUCGUGUACACUGAUCCAUGACCUAACACAACCCUCCGUCCAGAAGCUGCUCAUGAAACACGGUCUGCCCACCAACGAGGCACCAAUAGAUAUAGUGAAGGCUCUGGUCUGUAACAAUACGACUCUCAGGCAGCCUAGGCAAGUGGUCCUGUUACCCCAGGUACCGGUACCUCCCCACACCUCCACUACUGUCUGGUCACAUCAUCUCUACGGCGACGUGGACAUUCCUGAGAUAUGUCGGGUGUCUGUGGUGGGUAUGUGUCCCAAUGAGGGUAUUGGGUGUCCUCGCCUCCACUCCACCGAGUACACCCAGUGGCAGGUGAGUGAGCAGGGCAAUAGUUGGAUGAACCUGAGGGCCAGGCAGUCACAGCGGCUGGAGCAAGUCUUCUGCGACCCUGCACAGAGAAGCGUCUGUCUCCGCCCUUUACCCUGACACACUGGAGCCCUGGGCUGAGGCUCUCCUACCCGUCAUGGGACAACAUGUCUUGUCAUCAGACUUUGACAAAAUGUUACUCGUGUCCAUUGAGAAGAAUUUACAGCUAAGGAGGUUGUGUGUAGAGGCUGGCGAGGACCCUGCACCAGCGAGAACCUUCUUGUGGUACUACGAGCAGAGACCGGAUGAGUGGGUGCAGUUGGAACACCAAGGUGCCGGCGACCUCAUCAACAAUUUUAACUCCACCUAUAUUGAGAAGAAGUACAUAGAGAGUACCAGCCAGAGCAUCACCUUGAACAACGUGGGCGACAAGUACUGUCUCAAUUUCUCCACCAUGACUCUCACUCACAACGACACUCAACGUAUUCACCAUGUACGACGGAGGCCAAAGCCACACCUGAAGGAGAACAGUACAGUAGACCCGACGGUGGUGAACUUACCUAACCACUGGGAGCCCAUCACCGAGGGGGUCUUCUACCGCCUCAUAACACUAGCCACAUUCUCCGAGGAGUACACCACACUCAGGGAACUCCUACUCAACUCCAUCUCUCACUUAACCAUCUCGAAAGUGGAGAGGAUUCAGAACCCGUUCCUGUGGCGCGCCUUCCAGAACAAGAUCCACGCCCUCACCACCCUCAACAACGACCGGCGGGAGGUGAACGUCCGUCACCUGUUCCACGGCACCCGGCAUGACGUGCUCAAGCUUAUCUGUGCUGACAACUUAGACUGGAGGCUUCACGGCUCAAACUCCGGCCACAAGUACGGUCGAGGGUCGUACUUCACCCCUGACGCUACCAAGGCUUUGAGUUACUGCCACCGUGACCCCGAGGGGAAGAGGUACCUGCUGGUGGCGCAGGUGGCGGUGGGGACGACGGUGGAAGGGAACUCCUCCAUGACACGUCCUCCACUCAAUCCCAUCACAGGUAGACUGUUUGACUCCACGGUAGAUGACUCCAUCACUCCUACUGUCAUAGUCAAGUACGACAAGCAGGAGUACUACCCAGAGUACAUGGUCACCCUCGAGUGAACUCCUCCACCCGUCCUCUCUCACCUGUCUCUCAGUCUGUCUAUUUAUCUAUAUAGCCAUUCAUAUAUGUCUCCUUACCUGUCUGUUUACCUGUUUCUCAAUGUCUGUCUAUUUAUGGCUCAAUAUCUUCUCGUCCACUUAUUUGGUUACGUCACACCUGUUUAUAUGUGACGUCACCGAAGUAAACAACAAUGGCGUCUCUUUAGCAUUCGAUUUCUUGAGAAGUAUUGUUGUGAAAUUUUUUAUUAUAUUUUCAUGAGCAAAUUUUAUGUAAGUUUUCGUGUGUGUGUGUUUAAGCCUUUCCUGUUAUGCUGAUAUUACAGGUAACUCAAAUUAUUUUAUACAAUUACUUUAUUCAAUUAGUUGUAUUUGUUUUAUAAUAAAUUAAUACAAGAUAA